AUGUUUUCAUUUAAACAUAAAAGAUCACACACGGGGGAAAAACCAUUUUCAUGUGAUAUUUGUAAUAAAAGUUUUAAACAUCAAUGUCAUUUAAUUGAACAUAAACGGACUCACACGGGAGAAAAACCAUUUUUGUGUGAUAUUUGUAGUAAAACAUUUUCACGUGAAAGUACUUUAGUGAAACACAAACAGAUUCACAGUGGAAAUAAACCAUUUUCCUGUGAUAUGUGUAACAAAACAUUUACGAGUCAAACUAGUUUAAUUCAACAUAAACGAAUACAUAACGGAGGAAAACCAUUUUUAUGUGAUAUUUGUAACAAAACAUUUAAUCAACAAAGUCAUUUAAUUGAGCAUCAACGAAUUCACACCGGAGAAAAACCAUUUUUAUGUGAUAUUUGUAGUAAAUCAUUUACUCACGGGAGUACUUUAGAUAAACAUAAACGGAUUCACAGUGGCGAAAAACCAUUUUCUUGUGAAACUUGUAAUAAAACGUUUACACUUCGAUAUCAAUUAGUUCGGCAUGCACAUAUUCAUGCUGAAGAAAAACCAUUUUCGUGUGAUAUCUGUUUUAAAGCGUUUACUAGACCCGCUAGUUUAGUCGAACAUAAGCGGACACAUACGGGAGAACGAUCAUUUUUGUGUGAUGUUUGUAAUAAAACAUUUAAUAAGAAAAGUAAUUUAGUUAAACAUAAAUUAAUUCAUACGGGAGAAAAACCAUUUUCGUGUGAUAUUUGUAGUAAAUCAUUUACUGAUAAAAGUAAUUUAAAUAAACAUAAACGGAGUCACGUUGGAUAAUAAAAUCAAUAAUUACAUAAAAAAUAAAAUGUCCGACUGCGUUAAAUAAUGUCUGAAAUCAAAUAAACAAGUGUAGUAGUUUUCAUAUAGCAACUUUAACAGUCGGAACCCAGUAUUGGGAAGGUUUAAGCUGGUCCUGAUUUUAAUGGGCCCCGACUUCAGGCUUUAUUUAACGCAAUCGGAUAUUUUUUGAAAUUUCCUUUAUUUUGAUACCCCGAAAAAUCCGCCGCGGCAGUAGGUCUGACAUACGAAACCUCGAUAACGCGUUCUAAAUGGAGCAUAGAAUAUUAUACAUAGAGAACGCCAU